AUGUCGUCCCCUCUGCCGUUUCUUCGACCUGCUUUCGAGGACUUGCCCGCUGUGCCUUCGAUGGCCGGCGUCGCUGCUUCGGCUGAACAGGGAGCCGCGGGAGACUCGCAGCCAUCAGGGGGAGAGGAUGGCCGCGUCUUGGAGGUGUCAAAGCCCGUUCACGUCUCCGCCCCAACGUCCUCCUUUUCGAAUGGCGAGACUCCUGUGCACACAAGUGACAACCGCGGCGACCUCACCGUGGACGCCUCAGAGCUUGGUGAAUCACAUCACCUACAGCGACGGCAGGACUAUGGGAAGACAUCCAUCGAGCUGUCGGCUUUACCAGAACGGCCAGUGUUGAGAGUCGUCGCGGGAGAUGGCAGCGGACGUGCCGCACUAGAUGCCGGCAGCGUUCACCGCCAGGAACACGGCGGGAGCGAGACUGGCUCGCCGAUGACGUCCCCGGUGCAGGGUGUAUGGACGCAGCAUGUCUACACCCAGCCUACCUCUGCAGGCAGAGGCAACAGUGUGGCGGUGCUAUCGGAUGCGGCAGCUCUCAUGAUUGCGCACGCAGUGCAUCGCUCCUCAUUGCUACAGCAGUGUUUCACGCAAUGGCAGGUGCAGCAAGCACGCCAUGCGCAGCAGCGCUUCCGCUCCGAAUGCUUCGCUGAGGGCUACUACCAGCGCAACCUCGUGUACCUCUUCUUCCGCGCGUGGCAGUGGCGCUAUGAUCGACGUACGAAAUGUGCACAACAGCGAAGAAUGCUCGAGGCGCUGCGAGCGCGGCAUCUUCGCCACCGUGCGCUUGUUACAUGGCAGCGGUGGAAAAAUGCGCGGAGGAGGCUGUGGGGCAGACUCGAUGAGAUGCAGGCGAGGACGAGAACGGCUCUCACCCGGGAGUGCUUCGAGUGGUGGCAUCGCACGUCAACACAUCGGGCACUCGCACGGGCAGCGGCUCAGGCGUCGGCGGAUAACUUACGAGAUGCACGAUUUCGUCAGUGGCAACGCUUUGCCCUUCAACGCAAAGGGGGCCGCCUCUUUGUGAGCGUCUUGAUGCUUCACACGCCAGUCGCGUGGACUGCAGCUCAGCAAAGUCGUUGCGACGAACUGCAUCUGCGCUAUGCGUGGAUUCAGUGGCUGCGAGUGGCGAUGCAGCGCCGUGCGUGCCAGCUGCUCACGUACGAAAGUGUCCUAUCAACUGUGACUAUGCGCACGGAGCAGGCUCUUCGACAGAGAUGGUACGUAUGGUGGCUUCAGGUCACGUGCGUGUCUCUCCAGUCGAGGCACACGCGUCGCGGACUUCUUCAGAGGUACUACAAGAGAUGGACCCUCUUAGGCCGCCUCCGUCUGAUACGACUGCACUGGGAGAGGGAAACGAGCUCCCCGCACCUGCAGCGUCGAUGCCUGGCGCACUGGCGCGGUCGUUUGGGAGGACGCCAAGCCAGUCGCGAGCAUCUGCGAAUGGCGGAGCUCUUCUUUGAGUCCGUCGUGCGGGCGCAUGCCGUGCGUGCCGCUUUUCACUGCUGGCGCGACCGGCACUCCCGUCGCGCAAAGGCUCAGCGAAUGCGCCGCGUGGCAGAAGGGUACGCGAGGCCGGCGCUGCUGCGGCACCUGUUUCUGCGUCACGUCACAGACGGCGUGCUGGCGUCACCGACAGGGCUUGCAGAUGCGCUGGAGUAUGAGGCAUGGCGCCGAGGUGCCGACGCAAAGGUAGUGAAGCCGAAGAUCAGCGUCAUCGCCUCGAACGAGAACAGCACCCUCGACGUCUCUGCAAAGACAUCGGGGGCCUCCUCAACGUGUCUUCGACCACCGAUACCCCUUCGCCACCACCGUCACGCUCCCACUGGGGGCCUCAGUGUCCCUGUAGCGUCUCCUGAGGCGCCUCUUGAGCCUGACCGGAGGUCUUACCCAAGUGAGGCGGCCGGAACGGCACGGUCGAUAGCAGCCUCAGCUCCUGAGCAUGCUGCCGACAUGGAGGUGUUGCUGCCACCGCCGCCUUCGUACGAGGAAGUGAUGAGCUCUUGGCGUUCGACAGACACAAGCGGCCGAAUCGGGGCAUGCGCUCUGCCGGUGCGCGUGGAUGCUGGUGUGGGCACCAACUGCGAGUCGCCUACGCCACUGCAGCGUGCUACUCCGCGCGUAAGCAGCGAGGGUGACCGCUCGGCUGCACGACCGGAUGUCGCUCAUCAGCGGGAGGAAGCUGCGCCGCCUCCCGUUUCUACGGUGCCUGGUCGAGGCAUGUCGCCUGCCGGUGCGCCAAACGUGUGGCCAGCAGCAGUUCCUUGCUACGCCGUCCCAAACGGUGCCCCGGUUAGCUGGACCUUAGAGCUUGUCCCGACGAGGAGUGGGUGGCGGACCGUGGACACCCUUGUCCCGCCGUCGGGGUCUGUGACGCCAAGCGCAAGCGCCGUGCCUUCGUAUCACAGCGUUCAUUGUGCUCCUCCAACAAGCUACGUUGUCCCGGCCGCGGUCGAGUCCCCUUCGUGCGCUGCUUUCCGUAGGUUUUGCGCUGAAGGUGCCGCUCAGCCUUCCGGUGUCGAGUAUGGACCACGAGCACCCGCCGCACUCCCCUCACCAGCUAUUCCUCUGCAAUCUGAGGGAGUCUUUCCAGCAUCGCCGUCGCCACCGACGCACUACGGUUUUGAUAUUCACCGCCACGUAGAUCCUCUUGCCCCUCUCACUCACUCGUCCAGUAGCGCACCCCGCGCCGAGGAUCCUGGCUGCGUCGAUUCUCCUGACCCACGAGCACACCGAGGCCAUAGAGCGCGGCGGCGGUGCGAUGGGCCUCCUGCAAUGACCCUCGGCAACGCCAUCCUCUCUCAAGGUCGCAUGCCUCUCAGCUUUGCGGGUCGGUGCCAGCGGGGUAAGAAGCAUGCAGGCGUACUCUCCCCAGAGAGGAAGGCGCGACGGGGUGUGCAGUCAGCGCAUACCACCUUGCUCUCUUCCUCGUCUUCAUCGUCGCGUUCCUCAUCCACAUCAGCUGCGCCCCAAACGAGUGAUGCGGCGCUGUUUCCACUGUGCCUUCCUUCCUCCACCGGCGACUCAUCCGCCCUACGAGCUCGGGCAAGGGACGCGCUCGGCGAUUACAAGCGCCGCACACGUCUGAUUGCAGCGGAGAAGGCAGAGCUCGCCACCAUCGAAGCACAGCUGGCACUGGCGCCCCCCACCAAGGAUAUGGCCCACAAAAGGGAGCUAUCGAAGCGGAGGCGGUACUUGCAGCGGCGCCUUCUGGAGUGGGAGCAGCGGCGUGCGCAGAUUGCUCAGCUCGCCGUGUGGCUAGAGGGCUGCGUCAGCGCUGCCACGUCGGCAGCUGUUUCUCAACGGGGUGUUGGUGAGCUUUAG